UUCUCUGGGGCUGUUGCAAGGCUGAUGCUGGUGCAAUAUGCUUGUCUUUCUUGAGCAUUAAGCCACAUCUGCCAGGAUUGUCAGCCACUGAGCAGCAUGUCUUUGAUACUCAUGACCUUUGAGAGAUUUAUGUGAAGGUAAAAUUGCGAGGAGGCCAAAUAGAGCUCUUGAAAUUGGGGUAAACUAGAGGGAUUUCAGAAGAGAGCAGCAGAAUGAACAACAUGAUGGUGAAAUGAGAAAAAAAUUGGCACCUCAGAAAGCUGUAGCUGUCAUCCUUUAGGGCUAUGAGGAUCCUUGCAGUCCAGCAGAGGAUGACCUACAUCUUACGCGACUGUGGAAUUUGCCAGUGAGGAACAGUGAAGAAGGCUGGAAGCUGGGAAUAGAGGAGACUGAGGUCCAGUCGCGCCUCAGCUGUGAACCUUUCGACAUGGGGAGUUUCAAAGGUCACGCCCUCCCUGGAACCUUCUUUUACGUCACAGGCAUUUGGUGGACUCUAAAGGCUGUUCUGAAGUAUGCCUGCAAAAGGCACAAGCGGACUUCCUAUCUUGGUUCCAAAGCAUUAUUCCAUCGAGUAGAUAUUGUGGAGGGAAUCAUACUAGUCUGCAUGGCUUUAACUGGUAUGCUGGGGGAACAGUUUAUUACUGGAGGGCCCUACCUGUCUUUGUAUGACUAUAAAAAAGGCCAGUGGGUCCAACUGCUGGGCUGGCAUCAUACCACCAUGUACUUCUUCUUCGGGCUGGUGGGAGUGGCAGACAUCUUAUGUUCUACCAUCAGUUCAAUUCCGGCCUCUUUAAGCAAGUUAACGUUGUCAAAUGCCUUAUUAGUGGAAGCUUUUAUUUUCUACAACCACACUCAUGGUCGGGAAAUACUGGACAUCUUUGUGCACCAGCUACUGGUCUUGGUCAUCAUUGUGACAGGCCUUUUGGCUUUCUUGGAGUUCCUCAUUCGCCAUAAUGUGAUUUUGGAGCUUCUGCGUAUAAGCUUUAUCCUGCUUCAGGGGAGCUGGUUCUGGCAGAUUGGUUUUGUCCUUUAUCCCCCCAGUGGAGGUCCUGCAUGGGAUCUGACAGAUCAUGAAAACAUUAUGUUUCUCACCAUAUGCCUUUGUUGGCAUUAUGCUUUCAGCUUUAUCAUCAUUGGAAUAAUUUAUGCUUUUGUCAUAUGGUUGGUUAAAUCACGACUUAACAGUUUCUGCCCCUCAGAAGUUGGACUCCUGAAAAAUGUUGAACGAGAACAAGAAUCAGAAGAAGAGAUGUGAUUUUUGAUGGGCAUCUAGUCUUUCUGGAUGAACUUUAUCUGUUUUGCAUUGUUUUUAUCCACAGUUUUGUUUCUUGAUCUUUUGUUUGGCUAAGGAUGAUUCUUGGUGUAUUGGUUGUAUUUAGAAUUUUGUUAAAGUAUUUGAAUUUAAAUGUUUUAUUUUAGGUUUGAAAACACUUUAGAUGAUAAGUUCAUUUUGUGCUCAGUCUUGGUAGUCAGGGCCUGGAGUGACUGUUCCCACAUCAUCUAAAGUUUGUAGCUUAUGCUAUGAAACCCAUUCAUUUUAUUUGCCUUGUAGAUAUGCUCAAGGUUUCUGGGCUUACUACCAUUUGUAACUCAUUAAACAUAGAACUACACUUGUUUAUCUUGUUGCUGUGAUGAGAAAUAAAUGAGUACAUGAACCUUG